AGGACUUUGUUUUUUUCGUGAAUUAAGAACUAGGAACUAAAUAUUGUGUCACGAAAAACUUGUUAAUUUUCUUUAUAAAAAUAAACCGAAAACGAAAAAAUGGCAAAAAUAUCUUGACUCGACUCGAAGCCGCUACGAAAUGACUCGGACUCGACUCGACUCGAAAAAUGGCUUGACUCGCCCAUCUCUGGGAAGAACGGUUUAAAGGAACAAGCGUCUUAAAAUAAGAUGAAUGAAAAGAAAUACGACGGACGGCAAAGAAAGACAGAUAACAUAACCGGAUUUUUUUGCAGAAUGUAAACUCAGUCCUCCUUCAUCUGUACUGUGAUAUUUGUUAUAUAUGCUCAAUGUAUCGUAUAUUUGUAACAACAGAAUAUUUACCUUUCUAGAUAAGCUAUAUCUAGCCAACAGCAAUUACUACAUAUAUGCUAGAGUUUCAUUUUUAUACUAAGGGAAUCUACACUGAUAAGUUUAGAUUUAACAAGGGAUUAUCGUUUCUAAAGAGAGCCAUGGAUGAUGGACACAACAGGCCUCUCCGUUUGUAGGUACUUGUUUAAGGUAGCACACGGCAGAGUGAAAAUUGGCCGGAAUCUAGAAUUUUUAACUAAGAACUUCAAUAACGCUGUUUGUUUAGAAUAUGGGGAGUUUCCUAGAACUCGUUCACAGGUUAAUUCUAUAAUCUUAUUAAAUAUCGUUUUAAGUGUCAGAACCGUCGGCAUCAUCUCGCAUGCCCUUGAUUAGAAAAGAGGUUUCACUUAUACUGAAUGACUGAAAAAUGCUCAUUUCUAAAGAUCUUUUUUCUUUAGGAGUACUAGACAUGACAUCCAUUCAUGAAAAUGGUGAAUGUGUUAAUCGAGUAUAUGACGGUGUCUGUUCUGAUUAUAAAAUAAGGCUUGAUCUCGACUCACAUCGAUUGCGUAUAGAAGCAAAGAAUACUGAAUUAUACCGGGGAGAUUUAGAAAAUAAAAGAUGUGAAAUAUUAUCAGAUGGUUUUCUUCAAACAAGUGAACAACUAUUUGAAUUAUUAAAAGAUUUAUUAGAGCAUAAUUGUGAAGUUCGAGAAGAAAAAUACAUAAAAACGUUACAAACUCAAUUUUAUCAUGAAAACGUCCAAUUAAAUAUUGACAUCACAAUAUUAUUUGGGCAGACCACAUCACGUCAAUGGAAUUUACCUCUAAAUCUUCGUAAAGUGCGAUUAGAUGCUCCAAAAGCUCAAUUAAAAGGACAAAAUUUAAGAGUAAUGAUCGAUGUUCUGCCCUAUACGUUCGUAUUUCAUACAAAUCAUACGGCAUUGAUAUCAAUCGAUAUGCAACGAGAAUUUAUUGAAUCGAAAGGUUUUGGAGCAGCUAUACUAGGUAAUGAUGUGAGUUAUGUGCGUCAAGUUUUACCUAAUGUUGCCUCACUGCUCGAAUGGGCACGUGAACUUGGUCUCACAGUCAUUCAUACACGAGAAGCUCAUUUACCCGAUUUAUCCGAUUGUCCCAUGACAAAACGAAAACGUGGACGAACAAGAAUGAGUAUCGGUGAUGUAGGUCCAAUGGGACGAAUCCUCGUACGCGGGGAACCCGGACAAGCCAUAGUGUCAGACGUUGCUCCAUUGCCAAAUGAAUAUGUCAUUGAUAAACCGGGAAAAGGUGCUUUUUACAAAACAAAUUUGGCUAAAUUGCUUGAAGAAAAAGAGAUAAAUCGUUUAAUUGUUUGCGGUGUAACAACUGACGGAUGUGUACAAGCAACACUGAGAGAAGCGAAUGAUCGAGGAUAUGAAUGUCUACUAAUUGAAAAUGCCACGGCUAGUUAUGCUCCAGAAUUUAAACAAACUACGCUAGAGAUGUUGCAUUCACAAGGCGAAAAUGUAUGUUGGACAGCACCGUUCAGCUCGUUACCACGUUACCAAAAAGAGCUUGAAUGA